UUCACUCUCCGCAGUGAGAGACAAAAUGAAAGUGGAAAAAUAUUAAAUAUAUUUCGACUGCCGGAGUGUAAAGAUGUUACCCCAAUGGAUUCCUCUACCGCUGCUCCUGCUCCUUAUACACCAGUCCGGAGCAGCUAGCUUCUGCACCAAGGCGGAUCAGUGUGCCCUUGGUGAGGAGAUUAAGCCAGUGGCAGGUUCAGUGCCCGCCCAGGCACGCUACGAUUACACGCGGAUCUACCAAGUGGAACUGGCUAGCAAAGAGCAUGUUCGUCUUUUUCAAGCUCUGGAGCUGGCCAGCGAUUCGUGCUCCUUCAUGGGCCAUGCCCGUGUGCCGGGCCAGAAGCUAACCAUCAUGGUGACGGCCGCCAAGGUGGCUGACUUCGAUGACCUGGUGCACAGCUACAACGUGACCCAUCGCAUCCUGAACCACAAUUUCCAGGCUCUGAUCGAUGCCAACUACCGCGAGGUGGCACCCGAGGGUACGACACCCGAGCAGUUCGACUGGAAACGCUACCAUCCGCUGGAAAGCAUCUACGACUGGCUGGAGAGUCUGGCCAAGAAGCGACCUGAGGUGGUUAGCCUAUUGGACCUGGGCGCAAGCACUCAGGGAUUGCCCAUUAAAGGUGUGAGGAUCGGUUUUGGCAGGGAAAAUCUUACGAGUGUCUUUGUGGAGAGUGGCAUCCAUGCUCGCGAGUGGAUUGCACCUGCCACGGCCACCUAUUUCAUCGAUCAGCUGCUGAACUCUGAAGAUCCAGUGGACCAGGAAAUGGCACGCUCUUACAACUGGCUGAUCUUUCCCAGCGUUAAUCCCGAUGGCUACCGCUACACCUUCCAGGGGGAUCGCAUGUGGCGCAAGAAUCGAGCUCUCUUCGGCAUCUGCCGGGGUGUGGACCUCAACCGGAACUUUCCCUUCCACUGGAAUGUGACCGGAGCGAGUGGUGAUCCCUGCCGCUAUGAUUACUCAGGACCUUCGGCGGGCAGUGAGGUGGAGACGCAGAGGAUAGUGCAAUUCCUGGAGCAAAAUGUCCAUUCCGAGAGGAUUCGCACCUUUAUAUCGCUUCACAGCUACUCCCAGAUGAUCAUGUUCCCCUACGGACACAGUGCUGAACGUGUGGAGAACUAUCAGGACCUGAAGGAGAUUGGUCAGCUGGCUGCCCAAAGGAUCAAGGAUGUCAGUGGACGAAUCUACAAGAGUGGCAGCAUAUACGAGACCAUCUAUCCAUCGAGUGGCGGCUCCAAAGAUUGGGCCCAUGGACACCUAAAGAUACCCAUCACCUACUCGUACGAGCUACGCGGACCGGCGGACAGCGAGGAUCUGUUCAUCUUGUCCGCCGGCGAGAUUGAGCCCACGGCCGGUGAAGCCUUCGCCGCACUCCAGACGAUCGUGCAGGAGGCCGACAAACGUGGCUAUUACCAGUGAUCGGUUGCUCCGGCUCCAGCUGCAGCGGCAAUUCCGAUUCCGACCUGGAGCUUGGAUCCGAUGGGGGACGAUGCUGCGAUGCUGCGAUGCAGCUAUGCAGCGAUGAUGAUGAUAAAUGUCGUCUGGCCUGGCAGUUCACAUGAAAAACACAUUACGCGCCAUCGUUUCUUAAUGCUAAAUAAUGAUGGCAAAAUCAUGACACAAAACCUCAUAAUAAUGUUGGUAAAUCAAAGCAAAUAUAGUCAGACUCGAAGCAACCUUACAAAAAUAGUUGCAACUAUUACA